AUGAGUUCUCAGCCGGAUCCGACCAAAAUUAUAUUACCGUCGCCAAUUCGUGUAUCACCUCUGUUGCGGUUUAUGCGUUAUUCCUUCCUUGGAUUAGGUGUUGUUUGGGGAUAUUUUCGCUAUCAAAUGAUUUGCGAGAAACAUGCAAUUGUGCGACAAAAAGAACAUGAGAAGAAGCUUGAAGAGGCAGAGAAAGAACGAAUUCUUCGUAAACAACAGGGAGAUAAGAGCCUCUACGACAUUUAUUUGAACAUCCUGGAAACCGAUCUUGAUGAAGGUGGAUCGCUUUUUGGUAGCGUUCGAGAAUAA